UUUUACUCUAACCAGACCUGGUCACAUUGCAAAAGUUGGGCAAUAAGUUUCUGAAAAUGCAAAAAUAAAUACAAGUGUUUGCUGCCAAUUAAUUAAGAAUCCCUCCAAAGAUGCUGUUGACACUUCGUGUGCAGGGAACACGGCUCUGCCCGCGUCCAGGGAGCGUCACCCGAAGUCUGGCUAGCAGCGUGGCGGCUGAAAAGUCGUCGCCACCCCCAGUCCAACCCCAGCUGGAGGUCAACGGAAGCACGUACGCCACCGACAGCUGGACGAAUGUAACGCCCAAAAUCCUGUCCUACCUGGGAGCCAAUAAGCACCUGCAGACGGACCACCCCCUGUCCAUCAUUCGCCAGCGGAUUGUUAAUUACUUUUACGCCGCCUAUCGCAAUCAGCGCGGAAAUCCGCUGUUCUCUGUGUACGACAAACUGAACCCGGUGGUCACCGUGCAGCAGAACUUUGACAAUCUGCUGAUUCCCGGUGACCAUGUCAGUCGGCAGAAGUCGGACUGCUACUAUGUCAAUCAGCAACACUUGCUGCGCGCCCACACGACCGCCCAUCAGGUGGAGUUGAUCUCCGGCGGGCUAGACAACUUCUUGGUGGUCGGAGAGGUGUACAGGCGCGACGAGAUCGACAGCACCCACUACCCGGUGUUCCAUCAGGCUGAUGCCGUGCGGCUGGUCACCAAGGAUAAGCUAUUCGAGCGCAAUCCCGGCCUGGAGCUGUUCGAGGAGACGUGGUCGGGCCAGCUGGCCGACCCGAAGCGCAUCCUGCCCUCCUCGAAGUUCAUGGACCAGACCAAGCAGCCCUGCCACACGCUGGAGGCCGUCAAGCUGAUGGAGCACGAGAUGAAGCACGUGCUCGUGGGUCUGACCAAGGAUCUUUUCGGACCACGCAUCAAGUACCGCUGGGUGGACACCUACUUCCCCUUUACGCAGCCCUCGUGGGAGUUGGAGAUCUACUUCAAGGACAAUUGGCUGGAGGUCUUAGGCUGUGGUAUUAUGCGUCAUGAGAUUCUGCAACGCGCCGGCGUACAUCAGUCAAUGGGCUAUGCCUUUGGCGUCGGCCUAGAGCGUCUGGCCAUGGUGCUGUUCGACAUACCGGACAUUCGGCUCUUCUGGUCGAACGACAGCGGUUUUCUGUCGCAGUUCAGCGAGAAGGAUCUGCAAAAUCUGCCCAAGUACAAACCCAUCUCGCACUACCCGCAGUGCACGAACGACCUAUCCUUCUGGCUGCCUGAAGAUGUACAGGUGGACGCCGGUUUCUCGCCUAAUGACUUUUACGAUCUGGUCCGUUCGGUGGCCGGUGAUAUGGUGGAGCAGAUCAGUCUGGUGGAUAGGUUCAAGCACCCGAAGACGGGCAAGUGGAGCGUGUGCUUCCGCAUCGUUUACCGCCACAUGGAGCGCACCCUCACCCAGGCGGAGGUAAACGAGGUACACAAGCUGAUCGCUAGUGCCAGUGUGGAUAGUUUCAAUGUGCAAAUACGUUAGUAAGUCAUAGUUCCUAGUUCAGUUUUCAAUUUAAACCAAAAACAAGCAGUAAAACGUAGCCAUCAAAGUUUCGA